GGCGAGCCCGGAGCCAUGGGCCGGGCCAGGCCCUGCUCGCCACCCGCCCCGCAGCUCCUGCUGCUGCUCCUGUUUCUGCUGUGCUUCCCAAGGGCCCUGUGGGGAGACGUUGUUUUCCUCCCUCCUUUCAUUCGAAUGCUUGACACUUCGGUUACUGCAGCCUUGGUUGGAGAUACGGAGGAUGUCAGUGUGAGCCUCACCGUGUGGGAUGAUGAGCUGGGGAUUUUGCCCAUUCCCGAUUGUGGAUUGCAGAAUAAUGGAACCGGCAUUUGGAGUCUGACUGUGACUUCUGAUGUGAUGGGCUCCGAAGUGACUGUAAGAUUGAAUGGCGAUUUACAGCCCUGUGUCUCUGAGACAGACUUCUUCUCUGACUAUCCCUGUGUUGUUGAAACUCUUCUGGUUUCUGCGUCUCGAAACUCAUCCUGUUUGGCGCACUUAGUCAUUCAGGUCGAAAUCUACCCUAAUGCUUCCUUUGCCCAGAAUGUAUCAGAGAACAGCAUCGUCUUCGUUAACCAGAUGUAUCAGCCCUUUGGCCCCUGUCCCUGUGACUUGGUCGCUGGGAUGUGUGACGUCCGGUGCUGCUGUGACAAGGAAUGCACGCCCCAUUUGAUAGAGCUGUUUAAAGAAUACUGUUUCACAGGAAUUUUUGGUGGUGAUGUAAAUCCACCUUUCAGCCACCUGUGCUCUAACCCAGCAAGAGAAGAGGCGUCGGAUUGGUUCCCCUUCUUAUGUGUUCAGUCCUCCCUGGACAACACUCCUUUCCUUGGUUAUUUCUUCCAUGGCUUAACUUCUCCUAGAGAAGAGCUCAGCUUCAGAUUACCUGUAUAUGUCGAAGUAGAAGACUGGUCGGAUUUUGGCUACCAGCAAGACAGUCCCCUUAUGACAGUGGAAAAAGAACUUUUCACCAUCCCCCAGAUGUCCUUGGUGGGGCAGUGUAUUUCAGGGGCCCCCGUGGCCUUCCUUCAGAAUUUUGAUGUCAUCUGUGUUACUAACUUGGCAAUACGUCCAGAGCGGGAAGAUAUUAGUAAAGUGAGGAUAAAAAAUGGUACCAUUGGAGGCUUUGUCGUACCCCGAGUGACCUAUGAGGAGUCAACUGCCUUAGACAAGUUCAUCCAUGGCACAGACAUACUUCUUCAUCCCGGGCCAUCAUUCAAAUAUGUGAACUUGGAAGAGCAUUAUACUUUCAGGUGGAAUGAGAGAACAAUCACUGCAUUCAAUGUCAAAGUCAUCCGGGCAAAAAUUCAUGCACACCAGCAAGGAUUAUUGACACAGAGAUUUAAAGUAACAUUUUUAAGCUUUAAUGCUAAAGACAGCCCAGAACGAUCUGGAAACCCAGGUCACCUUCCUGGCAAGCCUGUGAGAGCCCUAAAUCUCAGAAGUGUUAACAAUAUCACCACUUUAAACCUUUGGCGGCCAGUUGGCAGGGGUCUGUGCACGGGAGUAGAAACCACCCCGGUCUUAUUUGGAGAAGAUGCUGUAACUGGAUGCCUCUUGGAGCUUGGCAUUGAUGAAAACUGUACCCAGCUCAGGGAAGAGGUUACUAACAGACUUAAUUCAUUAGUACAAGCUACUCAUGUGGCCAAGAGAGGCAACUCAGACUAUCAGAACCUUCUUGAUGGCUGGCUGGAAAUAAUAUGGAGAGAUGGACCUUCUCCCGGGGACAGUCUCCAUCUUGGAGACAUAAAAGGCAUCUGCCCGGAUGUGCCUGCCAUGAUGACUAUUCACUUCCUUAUUUCUAACGGCGGUAAUUUGGAAGGGAUUCCUCAGGAUAUGAUGCUUGGCACAGAGGUCAGCUUUUCUUCUGUCACAUGGCAAUUUCAGUGCGGGAUGACCUGUGAAGAUAAGCCUAGUCUUUUCCCUAUCAGUGUCUCAGUCCAGUUUAUUAAAAUACCUCCUCAACCACCUCAGCCACCGACAAGUUUCCAGAUCAGUCUCGCGAGCCAUGAUUGCACCAACAAUGAAGUCUGCUGGCCAGAGCUCAUUUUCCCCUUGACCAGGAAUUAUCAAGGAGAGGCUUACGACUCCUCUGUUGCCAAAAUCUUGGUGCUGGCCUUCGUCUUCACAGUGAUGAUCUUGUUCAACAGCAUCUGGAUGAAAAUCAUCAGGGUGUGGGACCUCAUCUCCAAGCUGACGAUCCUCGGUAAUCCGCGGGCGGGGACGAGCCCGCAGCCCAUUGGGCGCCGCGUGCUCGGGGGCCGGGCUGGGCUGGGGGCCCGGGCUGGGCUGGGCAGGAUCCAGCCUGGCUUGCAGAGCCCGCCCCCUGGGGGGAGGGGGCCGCCCUCCCCUCCCCUCCCCUCGGCUCGGCCCAGCACCCCCUCGGUAGAAGCACAAGUAGAGUUUAGUAAAUGUACGUUCCCUCGGACUCGAACCCAUGACUACCGACGGGCCGGACCGGGCAACUCUCAGGCAAUCCUGUUCCGGACGCCGAGGCUCGUGCCCUUGAACUGCAGCGCCGCCAGAGGACCUGCAGACAGUCUGCCGGCCGCGGGGCGGGGAAGGGGGAGGGGCCCGCUUCUCCCGCCCGCCCGCUCUUCCCCAGGGUUGGCUGCCUCUGGGCCCUCCUCCAACCAGCCCCGCCCCACCACGGGGAAGGGGGCGGGCACGACAACCCUGGGCAUGACGUCAGUCGGCCCUGCCCCGAGGGGACCCGGAAGCGGAACCGGCGGUAGCCUCGGGGGGCGGGGCGAGGCUGUCGAGAGAGGAGGCGGAAGAGGGGGCGGUGGCGGCGGCCACAGCAGAGGAGGCCUGACGGACGAGCGGCGGGCCGGGCCGCCGCGGGAGGAGCGCCGGGCUGAGAGCGAGCGCCGCCGGGCCGUCCGGGCCGGGCCUCGCGGGGCCCCGCGCCGGGCCAUGGGCUCCCUGUUCCGCAGCGAGGCCAUGUGCCUGGCGCAGCUUUUCCUGCAGUCCGGCACCGCCUACGAGUGUCUGAGCGCCCUCGGAGAGAAGGGCCUGGCCCAGUUUCGGGACCUCAACCAGAAUGUAAGCGCCUUUCAGAGAAAAUUUGUUGGGGAGGUGAAGCGGUGUGAAGAACUAGAACGAGUACUGGCAUAUUUAGUGCAAGAAAUUAAAAGAGCUGAUAUUCCCCUUCCUGAUGGAGAUACCAGUCCUCCUGCCCCACCUUUUAAACAAGUUUUGGAAAUGCAGGAACAGUUACAGAAACUGGAGGUUGAAUUGAGAGAAGUCACCAAAAACAAAGAAAAACUGAGGAAAAACUUGCUUGAGCUGAUUGAGUAUACACACAUGUUAAGAGUGACCAAAAGCUUUGUUAAAAGGAACCUAGAGUUUGAACCCAGUUAUGAAGAAUUUCCUUCUUUAGAAAAGGAUGCUUUGUUGGACUACAACUGUAUGCAGAGGCUGGGUGCAAAAUUGGGAUUUGUGUCCGGUUUAAUUCACCAAGCAAAAGUUGAAGCAUUUGAAAAAAUGUUGUGGAGGGUGUGUAAAGGGUAUACCAUUGUGACCCACGCGGAGCUGGAUGAGUGCCUUGAGGACCCUGAGACAGGAGAUGUCACAAAAUGGUAUGUGUUUUUAAUAUCCUUUUGGGGUGAUCAGAUUGGCCAAAAAGUUAAGAAGAUAUGUGAUUGUUAUCACUGCCACGUUUACCCAUAUCCCAGUACUGUUGAAGAGCGAAAAGAAGUUCAUGAGGGGCUAAAUACACGAAUACAGGAUCUUUAUACUGUGCUGCACAAAACUGAAGACUAUUUAAGGCAGGUGUUAAGCAAAGCUGCUGAAUCGGUCUGUACUCGAGUUGUCCAAGUGCAGAAGAUGAAGGCCAUUUAUCACACACUGAACAUGUGCAGCUUCGAUGUCACAAACAAGUGUCUCAUUGCUGAAGUCUGGUGUCCAGAGGCAGAUCUGCACCACUUGCGUCAGGCUCUGGUGGAGGGAUCCAGAGAAAGUGGAGUGACAAUCCCUUCAUUUAUGAACACCAUCCCAACAACUGAAACACCCCCAACUCUAAUACGGACCAACAAAUUCACAGAGGGAUUCCAGAACAUUGUAGAUGCCUAUGGAGUGGGGAGCUACAGAGAAGUAAAUCCAGCUCUCUACACCAUCAUCACAUUUCCCUUUUUAUUUGCUGUGAUGUUUGGAGACUUUGGGCACGGCUUUCUCAUGUUCUUGUUUGCCCUUCUGUUGGUGUUGAAUGAAAACCAUCCCAGACUGAGGCAUUCGCAAGAUGAGAUCAUGAAGAUGUUCUUUGAUGGUCGCUAUGUCAUUUUGCUGAUGGGAUUGUUCUCAGUAUACACAGGCCUCAUCUACAAUGAUUGUUUUUCAAAAUCAGUUAACCUGUUUGGCUCCGGAUGGAAUGUGUCGGCGAUGUUUAGAUCUACUCAGGAUGACACCAAUACUUCAGUUCAUUGGGAUGACAAUGAUAUAAAGGCCAAUGCAUUUCUUCAGUUGGAUCCAGAUACUCCUGAUGUGUUCCAAGGUGCUUAUCCUUUUGGCAUAGAUCCGAUUUGGAACUUGGCCACAAAUCGUCUCAGUUUUUUAAACUCUUUCAAAAUGAAAAUGUCUGUGAUUUUUGGAGUUACCCACAUGACUUUUGGAGUUGUUCUUGGAAUCUUUAAUCACUUGCAUUUCAAGAAGAAGUUCAAUAUUUACUUGGUAUGCCUCCCAGAACUCCUGUUCAUGCUCUCCAUCUUUGGAUACCUGAUAUUCAUGAUUGUCUACAAGUGGCUCACUUACUCAGCGGCAAAUUCUAAGCUCGCACCCAGCAUUUUAAUUGAAUUUAUCAACAUGUUUUUAUCCCCAGGUGGUGGGGCAGCAAGUGGACUUUAUCAAGGACAGAGUCAUGUCCAGAGGUUUUUAUUAGUUGUGGCAGCAGUUUCUGUUCCUGUACUAUUCUUGGGAAAACCUCUUUAUCUGCUUUGGCUACACAAUGGAGGUCGAUUAUUUGGAAUGCACAAGAGUGGUUAUACACUGGUUCGUAAAGACAGUGAGGAAGAUGUUUGUUUGCUGGGGUCUCAAAAUGUGGAGGAGGGAAUUAGCCACUUGGAAGGUGAAGGACGUAAAGAAGAAGAGGAGUUUAAUUUUGGAGAGCUCUUCAUGGCUCAAGCAAUCCAUGCGAUUGAAUAUUGUCUGGGCUGCAUCUCUAACACCGCGUCAUAUCUGAGGCUCUGGGCGCUCAGUUUAGCUCAUGCACAGUUAUCAGAGGUCCUGUGGGCAAUGAUAAUGCGUGUAGGGCUCCGUGUGGACAAGACUUAUGGAGUUCUGCUGCUCAUUCCAUUGGUAGCGUUCUUUGCUGUCUUAACAGUCUUCAUUCUCUUGGUCAUGGAAGGCCUUUCCGCAUUUCUUCAUGCUAUACGGCUGCAUUGGGUGGAAUUUCAGAACAAGUUCUACAUUGGUGCAGGCACCAAAUUUACUCCUUUUUCAUUUAAACUACUCUCGUCACAGUGUAAUAAAGAUGACAUGGCAUAAUUCAGCUGCUGUAACCAUGUGCUCUCAGCAUGAUGGUGAAUUAUCAUGUUAUUAAAUUUCACUGAAGUAGAAUUUAUAAUAGAAACAUGUUGUUCCCCUCCUCCCCAUUGCCUUAUAUAAUACAGCCAAAUAAUUCUGUCAUUUAGAUUGUUGCCUCAUGUUGGAUAUCUUGUAAAGCUUAUCAGUCUUAGAGAUUUAAAUUUCUUUUGACUGUUUUCAUGAUGAUCAAAUGUAAGUCAUUUGUUAUAUUUUAUGUUAAUGUUUAUUCUAAAAAAAUAGUUGUUACUUUUUAGGCAGAGGUGGAGGGAAGUUUACUGCUUAUGAUUGAAGUUGUCUUAAUAGUCUUUAUUUCUGUUCAUCUGACAAAUAUCCAGCACUCCCUCACUAAAGGUAACUAGUUUAUAUAAUUUUGGAACAGCUGAAAUUAAGCCUUUUAAAAAAAAAUCCAACUAUAAUUAAUGAGCAGUUCCAAAAUGAUUAGCACUGGUAGUGUUCAGUUUUUGCCAGUUUUGAAUAUGACAAAAUGUUUGAUCUCACAAUAGCUGUGAUAUUACUGAGAAACCAAGCUUUUCCCUAUUUAUUCUUCAGUGUUUUAAUUGAGGGAAAAUGGGAUAAAGUUGCAUCCAACAGAUCGUUUGUUCCAUUGCUGAAAAACUGGUAAAGGAUUUUGUCCUUUUCUUCUUGCAUAAACUCUUGAUGGUGACUGCACACUAUGAAAGCUGUGGUGUGGGGCUGAGCCUUCCUGCCAAGUGUGGAAUUAGAAGCUAUUAUGGAUAUGAUUGGACUGUAAUGACCAGCUUUUGUCUGACAUUACUCAGCCAAAGUUGUUUCUAUUGAGCGAAGGAAAGGUACCGAGUCGUCUUUUGUAUAUUUUUAUAACAAAAUGUAUAUUAAAAUAUUUUACCACUGAUCGAUACACAUCUGUGCCAUGGAAACAUCAUAAUUAUAUUUUUUCCUUUCAGAUUAAUUCUGAAUAAAGAUCUAAUUCCCACUUAGAUUUAGUAUUUUAAA